GGGCGGAAGGCGAUGUCGUCUCCAGUGCGGCCUUCAGGACCCUGUGGCCAUCAGGACCGUGUGGACUUCGGGACCGUGUGGCCUUCAGGACCGUGUGGCUGCGGUCUGGCUGCCGGGGCUGCACUUUAAGGAGCAUGUCUUGGCGAACCCUAGCAGUCGCUGUGUGAUGGACUUUAGCGCUUCUUCACUGGAAUUCCAGACGGCGACCCGCGGGGUUCGGCGCGGUCCGUGUGAGGCCGGGCCGCAGGCCCACUUCCCUGUGCUGGGCAGAGGGACGCUGUGCAGAGCGACGCAGAGCCUUUUGUCAGAAAUGGCAAGAAGUCUUUUGAAGACAUCGCCUAACCCUGUAAAGACAAAAUUGCUGCAUCAGAUAGGAUUGUCACUUUAUAAUACUUCUCAUGGCUUCCAUGAAGAAGAAGUGAAAAAAAAACUUGAACAGUUUCCUGGUGGAUCCGUUGACCUUCAGAAGGAAAACAAUGGCAUUGGCAUUCUUACGCUGAACAAUCCAAGUAAAAUGAAUGCCUUCUCAGGCGUUAUGAUGCUACAACUUCUGGAAAAAGUGAUUGAGUUGGAAAACUGGACAGAGGGGAAAGGUCUCAUUGUCCGUGGGGCAAAAAAUACUUUUUCUUCAGGAUCUGAUCUGCAUGCUGUGAAAGCACUAGGAACUCCAGAGGAUGGAGUGGCCUUAUGCAUGUUCAUGCAAAACACCUUAACACGAUUUAUGAGACUUCCUUUAAUAAGUGUUGCACUGGUUCAAGGUCGGGCAUUGGGUGGAGGAGCAGAAGUUACUACUGCGUGUGAUUUCAGGUUAAUGACUACAGACAGUGAGAUCAGAUUUGUCCACAAGGAGAUGGGCAUAAUACCAAGCUGGGGCGGUGCCACCCGGCUGGUUGAGAUCAUCGGCAGUAGAGAAGCUCUCAAAGUAUUAAGUGGGGCCCUUAAGCUGGAUUCAGAAAAAGCAUUACGCAUAGGAAUGGUGGAGGACAUCCUGCAAUCUUCAGACGAAACUGAAUGUCUCCAAGAAGCACAAGAGUGGCUACAGCAGUUUAUCAAAGGGCCACCAGAAGUAAUCAGAGCUUUGAAAAAAUCUGUUUCUUCAUGCAAAGAGCUUUGUUUAGAGGACGCAUUACAGAGCGAGAGAGAUCUUCUAGGAACACUUUGGGGGGGACCAGCAAAUUUAGAGGCUGUUGCUAGGAAGGGAAAGUUUAAUAAAUAAUUUUUAAAAAUACGUAA